CAACUCUUAAAUUCAAUUCAAAUCAACCUUCCCAAGUUCCAUCACAUAACCCUAAAAAAAGAAAACUUUUCAAGUUCAAUAAAGUUGUAUUCUUUUAUACAUUCAAAUCUCUGCUUUGAAAUGUUUUGUUCAAUGGCAAACCCUAGUGGUAAAAUGAUGGAGGUUUCAAGAGUUGGUGUGGAAGAAGAAGAUGAGAUUGAGCUGAGUUUAGGGCUUUCAAUUGGUGGUAGUUUCAGAAAACCAGAAAAAUCUAAGUUGAUAGACGAAAAUCAUUUCAAUUUCAACAAGGAAAUCAAUUCAGUGUCUACGAAUGUUAGCCAAAAACAUCAUUGCUUCUCAACAUUGUCAGAGCAGGACAGCGGAUCCGAGUAUGCUAAUCCUCAAGCGAAGCAUGAGAAUAUUCAGAGACGAAAUAAGAGAGGAGAGAAGCUGAGAAACGGACUUCACGGAGGAACGGACGGUGGUUAUCCGGUGACGAAUGAAUUUUCCGACGACAAGUUGUUGUCAGAAGCAAAAUGGUUGCAGAAUCCGGUUAGAGAGAGAAAGGUGAGAGAGAAUGGGGCUCUUGUAGCAGAGCGAGCAUGUAAGAGAGGUAAGAAGGAAGAUUGUGCAGAGAUGAAAGAUUUGAAUCUCACAUUGAGCCGCAACGGGUCCUUUGAUCAGACUCACAUUUCGAAUCCACCAAUGCUUUCAUCGUCUCCGUCUGCUCCGGCUCAGUAUUCGUAUCCGCCGUUAAGUAAUGGAUUUGUGUACCCUUAUGCGAUGCCCAAUUGGAGUACUCUGCCUUUGUGCAACGUUGCAGGUAAGAAGAAUGACAAUGAUGUUUUUCCGCCAUUGACUUUCCCAAAUUUUCGGCCUGAUCAGGGGAAUCAGAAUUCCGGUCACAAUUUAUGGACAAGUCGUGAUUCAUCAUGUUUUGAUUACGAGGUUAAUAGCAGCAAAGAUGGCCGAAAUGGGAAUAUGGUGUCCAAUUGGUCCCCUCUUAGGAAUUUGUCUGUGGUUUUGGAUCAUCCAAGCAAGUCUCUCCGAGGUGAUAGCAGCAGUGAUACAAAAAACCAUUUGCCGACUCCCAAUCUGAGCACAGUGCAUCUUGUAAUAGGAUAAAAACCACCAAAUCAGAAUUAUCCCGACCUGAUGGUUCUGAUCCGGUUCAUAAGUUCAAUAUUCCAGCUUGUGAAAACCCAACCCCUGCUCCAUUGAAGGGGGGAAGUUGGGACGAGGGCAAGCCUCAAACUUGUAAUUCCGGUA